AUGGUCGCUGCGGAACAAGAUCAAGAGGUUGGAGAUGUUGAGCAUGAUGAACUCGCCGAGGCCGCCGCCGAGCUCCUGGCCAGCCUCCCACUCAAAGCUGCGGACUUCCUACGCAACAAUGCGAGCCUGGCUGCGCAAAAGGACGUUGCAGCGUGCCUCACCAAAAAUGGGGUGACGAAUGGAAUACUACUCCAAGACUUGGAUAAGUCCGUGUGCAAGACACUUGCCCGGGAUCUCACCGAUGAAGCUAACCUGGUGGUGUUGCGAGCCCUUGCUCGAAUUUAUGCGCUCACGAAAAGCGACGGUGAACGAGCUCCCAAGAGGAAGAGAGAUGAACAGUUAGAGGAUUUUGACGAAGAGGUCCUACUGCUUCGACAACGCCAGUUUCAAGAAAAGUAUGGCACUCGCGUGGCAGGGCGCUUCGUGGUGAAGCCAGCCACCUUGGCGAAGAUGCGUGUGCGGAGAAUGGUCCCCCUAUCCGCCUGUGACGGUGCUUCGAUAGUGACCCGUACGGGAUCUACUCAUACAUUUCUACUCGACAAGACUACGGGUACCUCCCGACUGGGCGACGAAGAUCACAAGCCCUCUGAUGACGCUACCUGCCAAGCGGCCGACUUCUUCUUGCGCCUGUCCAGGUGGGGCUUAUCGGCUUGCCUGCUCGGCCAGAUGACCCCCACCGAAGUCUUGUUGUACACCGCCAGAAUAGCUGAGCUAGGACGCUGUACGGGUGUCUCCUGUAUGCAAGCGGCUGACGCUGAAGUUCGCGCCGAACUGUCGAUGGGUAGUUCUGACGAUGCGUGGGGCAAGCAACUAACUGAUGGCCACCAAGAUAUCCUGUCCAAGCACAGGCAGAACGGGCGAGCUUCAAUAGCUCUCAAUAAAUCCUUCCACUCGGGUGGUCAUAGCUCAAGAAGCUCACACUCCCAUGCCUCUACAAAUCGCCCGAGACAGACUGAAGUCUGCAGGCAGUACAGCCGUGGUAAUUGUCGCUUUGGUCGCAACUGCAAGUAUCAGCACAUCAAGCAGCAGGAGCCAUCAACCAGGAUCAAGUCCGAGGAUCAUCAAAGUACGUCGAAGAAGCACUGGCAUGGGUUCUUCAUCGCUGCUGAUGGUUUCCCUCCUUUGCCGCCUUAUCGGGCAGUCGCGCUCGAACUUUCCUGCACUAAUCUUCCUGCUGUGCUUUUUCUCUCACUUGAUCCGCAUAGUUAG